AUGGUUAACUACACUCCUCAUGACAGUGGCAAAGAUGCGAACGGGGAGGAUAUCGUUUCUUACGGCGCGGCGCAGUUGCUCCAAGAUAGGCCCGAUGGCAUUCGCUACCACUCUGAUACAACCCAGACGCCCUUUGGGUCUCCGUCGACUUUUAUCACGAACCACUCGCCCGCACGCCAGCCGGUUUCACAUUACAACACACAUGGGUAUAGACUCUCCCCAAUUCAGGGUAGCAGAAAACGACAACGUACCGACAAUGAGCCCGAGGCAAGAGAAGACAGUGAUCAAAAUUAUGGUUACCGACCUGUCUUGCAAAAUCUACCCAUGGGUGAUCCAUCGGCUCCUGCAGGUGAAUCGGCCGACCUGACGUACGCUGGUCAUGCCGUUCCUUCAUCUUCCCGCCAGACAUCGAACCAGGACUACCUCCAGUCCUCUUUCCCGCAACAGCAUCAUCACCAUAGGCUACCACCCCAAGCAUCGGUGGCUACAGCCUCUGCUGGCCAGGGCUCUGAACAGCCGCCACUCGACCGCAGCUUCAUGAACCUUCCAGGUUUGCCGGCACCAUACCCUGAGCCAAAAGCGCCAAAGACCAGAUUCGGUCACAGGGAAGAUGAGAUGUUGAUAGCCCUGAAGGAGCACUGGAAGUUUUCCUGGAGGCAGAUUGAAUGCUUCUUUCCAGGGCGAAAACAGCAAACAUUGCAAGUCCGUUACUGUACCAAAUUGAAGGAAAGGGCUGUGGUUUGGGAUGAUGCUUUGGAUCGGAAACUGAAAAAGGCGCUGGAGGACUAUGAGGACAACAAAUGGGCACUCAUUUCCCGGAAGCUUGGACCUGGUAUACCACCAGCGGCGUGUAAGCUGAGGGCCGAAGAGCUUGAGUGA